AUGAACAUUUCCCUGGGGCUCUGUUGUGGUGUAAAAGUGUUCGGAAAUUUUCGGGAAUCAGUGCCGAAGUUUGAAACGUUGGUGAGGGUGAAACGGGAAAACUCGAAGAAGCUCCAUGAUGAAGUCAGCUUGGCCGGCAUCCGGGCUUAUCUGGACUUCUACCAAGAAAAGUACAGAGAAUUGCUCCAGUUCAAAAACUUGGCGGAUUGGACGUAUCACACCAACAUAACCCUGGAAAAUUCUGUUCAAAGGGAAUGGCAACACGUUUAUCCCAUUGUUUCUGAAUUCGGCGAAGCAGUUGGAUACAACAUCACAGAGAGUUUGAUCAACGCACCAACAGUUUUCCUGGGAGGAAGUCUGGAUGAAAGUUCUGGCAUCAUGAGUAACAGAUUUGCCUUUGCCAUACAUCUUAAUUUUUCUCUCAAUAUAAGGUCCAACGUCAAGUGCACGGCAGCCUAUCCAGUUGAGGCAUAG